CCUUCGCCCUGCUAUAAAAGCAUAGCCGGGGAGCGCGCGGACUCAAAGUACUCCAUCAAUCGGUGCGUCACCUCGUUUGUUCAGCGUGGACACAUAUAAAGGUUUUGGUUGGUUCAUUAGCGAAUAUGAAAACGUAAAGAGAAAUCGACAAGCUAAGAUGGAGGAACGCGUUCUUCCCUGAGUGGACUCCUCCGCGUCCUGAUGCUUCGCCGGACGCUUCAGUUGCUUGUUUUCGUCACGUUUUAUCUGCUACCGUCGCUUUUGAGUUGCUCACUGCUUCACCACGGAUCGUCCGAUAGACAAAACUACUGCUGACAUGGCUCGUGCAGAGACCAUCCAGAGUGUUGGGCAGCCUGGACGAGGAGGUAGCAGCCUGCUGCCCCGCCACAAUAGCUGCCGCUUGGAGCUGCCUUGCCUCUUUCACACCACUGGCUCUGGGACCGGUACCGCUGCCGUACACCUGUACCGUAAUAACCGCCACCUGCACACUUUGCAGGGUCUCUGUGUGUUUCACUCACCCUUCCCCUGCCCAGAGGGCCAGGAUGAGCUCCAGACCCACCAGCAGCCACCUGCAUUCGCGCCAACACCUCCUCCUUCUCCGCUCUGCAAUCAGAGGGAAGACAGGGGUGGCACUGCCGUUGCACCCAGUGCCUUGUCAGAGGACCAGUCAGGCUAUGAGAUAGAGGAGCACCAGGGCACCUUCAGCAGGCAGGGACCUCUGCCCGACCUGCUCCCCCGGAACGAGCAUCCACCCUGGCCUUCCCCACCCCACAGAGCCCCCAGGGGAGAGGCGGUGCAGGAGAUGGAGGUCAGGAGAGUGGCCAACCAGCUGAGGGCCAUUGGAGACGAGUUCAAUGCCACAGUCCUCCGCAGAGUGAAUGCUGAGCCACACUGGCGGGACUGGAGAGACGUCUGCAGAGGACUCUUCAGCUUCAUCACCCAGACUCUAAGCACUCUCUACCGGCUGACGUAGGUGGCAGCCUACUGGUUGCUGCACAUGACUACGACGCCCUUAAAUCAGACAAUUUCUAGAACAAAGACUUUGGAAGAUGAGCAGCUAGAGAUUUUGGUGCCACCUGUCGACUGGAUCAAUGUGCAACCUGUGCAAAUGGGUGUCUGUCUGUCUGUCUGUCUGUCUGUCUGUCUGUCUGUCUGUCUGUCUGUCUGUCAGUCUGCUGGUACAGACUGCUGCUGACGGACUGAUCUCUUUUGCCUGUGUACUUUGUAUGUUCAUGCCUUGGGGUGGGCUCUUUAUGUAGCAGCGAGUGUGUGUGUGUUUUUGUGUGUGACAGACCUGGGGUGUGGUCAGCGUAUGUUCCACUUUUGGUGAAUACAUUUGAUUCAGUCAUGUCUUCUUGAAUGGGGAAACUUUCUAUUUGGCAGAAUAGUCACAUACGACUUUAAUCUGUGGUCUGAUGGGUGCACGUUACUGUUGUGUCUUGUUUUACAUCUCAUUCUUCUAAACUGUGAAACUGGACCCUGUGGAUGCAUCGCAAGGAAAAGUCGGGCCUUCCUCCAGUAGGGAGCAGAGCGCAGAGUGAAUUGCUUGAAACUUAAAAAAAGCUUCAUCUUGAUAUAUGACGUGCCUUUGAGCCCAGCACCACGUUGAGGCCUAAUCUCCAACACCCGGACAAUCACACACACACAUGCAGGGAUUUCCCACUUUACAUUCCUCCAAACGUUCGUGCUGCCAGUGUUGGGGCUGGCAGGGUCACAGUGUUUGUAGUUACUUGAUCGUUUGUAGAUAUUCUUUUGUAAGAUAAAAUCUGAUGGAGCCAGAGCUGACUGUGUUUGCUGAGGAUCCUUAUAUUUCUGAGCGUGAACAGCGAAACAAGUCUGAAUUUAAAUCCAGUGGAUUUAAGAUGGUAUUGAAAGAGUUAAAGUAAAAUGUAGGAUCUGGAUCUAUUGACUGUGGAAGGUAUUUGAUAAUGUUUAAUAAAAUUACCCUUUGGUUGUUUGAUCGUUUUCUUACAGUUCAGGAAAAUGUCUGUAUAAUAUAAACGCUCAUAUUUGAAGAUAAUUUAUUUUGGGAAGUAGCCGUUUUGUAGCUCGGUUUUUGAUUUCUUGAACGUUUUCAUUUGUUAUGUAAUGUAUUAUUUAUUUUUUUUACAUUGCUGGUUGGAACUAUGAAUUAAGCUGUAAUGAGAGGGGAUGUCACCAUGGAAAGCUAUCGCUUUGAGAAGCAGAAAAUGUUCCAUCUGACAAACUGACACAUUUUGUCCGGUGGUAAAAACAAAUCAGUUCAGAUGGUACUGUGUUGUCGAGCGCUUCAUUAUAACAGGAUUACUGAAAUGAGCUUUAAAAACAGACUUAAGUGUCCUUUACUGUAAAAUCCACACCAAAACACAAAGUCAACUAAAACUGAUGUAUUUUCUGUGAAUGUGUUUCUCUUCUAGUUUAAAGCACAAAGAAAUCAGGCAUUGCAGACUGUUAGUUGUCAAACAGCUUAAACUUGACUCAGCUGCAAGAAAAAAACGUCACAGAACAUUCAGCUGUGAUGUCGGGUUCGUACCAGAACUGGAACACGUGUGUGGCGUAGUCUGGAUAUGAGCUGAGGGACGGGAUGACACGCUUGGCUUCACAUGCCGAUCAGGUUUUCUUUUGCCUUACGUUAGUGGUUGUUUUACAGUAGAUGUAUAAAGUCGUUACACCGCCUGCAGAUGUUCAACAUGUGGCUCAGCGGAGGACACGACGCACGCUCGUGUUUUUGUAUCCGCUGUGAAUCGCUCCGUGGUUCAGGAAUCCUGAACCACCGUGCUCAGUGUCAGUCACAGUGUAUCCGCUGGUUUUCAACUGUUUUCUAUUGUUAACUUUCUACAUGAAUUUUGUACUUUUUUCUUUUUUAUACAAUAAAAGUGAUGAACAUGC